AUGAGCACAUCAUUAGCAAGCAUAAGAACAAGACCAAAACCCACCGCGGCCCUGCAACAAAAAAACGGGUUUAGGGGUUUAAGAGACCCAGCUCUGCAUUUCAAGACUUCAGGCCCAAGCCCGCGGCAGGUCAUCUACUUGAACUUCCUCACUCUCGAGUCAAAACCUUUUGAACAUCCGGCCGACACACCAAAAGAGCACCAUGCGCUGGGCUUCCGCGCUCUCAAAAACAUGGACGAUCGUCAUACGGCUUACGUCUUCUCCAAUGACCAUCCUCUUGCGAGAGGGGCUGCUGGACGGCUGACGGAUGCUAUCAUCCCGAAGCUUCUGAAGCUUGGUGUCACCGCUCAUGUUGAGACUCUUUGCCAACUUGGCACCUUCAUCGCUUUGAGAGUCACUAUACUGCACGCCAACGAGACCAGGCUAAACUCGCACAGGUUGAUCACCGUCUUCGACCUCCUCCACUCUUGCGCCGGGUGCGACUUCGAGCAAACCGAUGUUCUCCAAACUCUUGUGCCCCUCAUCUCCGACAAGCUUCCGGAGCUCUUGGAAGAAGAGGGGAUGAUGGUGGAGCUACUCGUUGUGCAAACGAAGGAAGAG